AUGGACAACUUUGGAUUCGUGGGGGAUGAAUCGUAUUUUGAAAGCUUUGCAGAAAAAUUUCGUAUAUGUGGUUCACCUUUCGUCGAAAUACCGAAUUCUCAAAGGAGCGAGCUUCCCUCAACCAGGCGUUUCAGUAAGCAUCUAUGUUUUGAACUACAUAUCAACACUGACCGCGGGAGAAUCCUGGUUGCUGUUCAGGGGGACACUAUGAAACCAGCUAUCGUCACCUACCACGACUUGGGGCUCAACUACUUAAGUUUCGAGUCAUUUUUUAAUCACGAAGACAUGCAAGAUAUUUUGGACAACUUCUGUGUCUACCACAUGAAUGCGCCUGGGCAAGAGGAAGGUGCUGCAACUCUGCCGGAAAAUUACACUUACCCAACGCUGGAUGAGCUCGCAAGUCAAAUAAAAUAUGUUCAAGCCCGGUUUGGUUUUAAAACAUUCAUCGGUUUGGGAGUCGGAGCUGGUGCUAAUAUCCUCGCUAGAUACGCUAUAAACAACCCAUCAAAGAUGGAGGGCUUGGCGCUGAUCAACUGCACAUCGACACAGCUAGGGUGGCUGGACUGGGCCUAUUUUAAAAUGACGUGCCGAAUGAUGCGCAGGCGCGGCAUGUGCGAGUCCGCUGUCGAGUUCCUGCUCUGGCACCAUUUUGGAAGAAUACCGGAGGAAUGUAAUCCAAAUGUAGUGUCGAAGUAUCGUUACCAGUUCGCAAACAUUCCGAACCCAGUAAACGUGGCAAUGUUCAUCGAUGUUUUUGGGAAGAGGCAGGACUUGCGUCUUUCUCGCGAUAGUGCGACCAUGCAGAUACCUGUCUUGAAUAUAGUUGGUGCCCUGUCGCCAUUUGUGGACGCUACGGUCACGUUUAACAGCCGCCUGGAACCUUCUAUGUCUGCUUGGAUGAAGAUAUCUGACUCCUCAAUGGUGCUUGAAGAAGAGCCCGGUAAAGCGGCUGAGGCAUUCCGUCUCUUUUUACAGGGCGAAGGCUAUGUGUCACCGAUACCCAAGAAAAUAUUAUUACCAAGAAGUGACAGCAUUCACUCUGGUGAUCGUCGUUCUUGCCGCCACUCGCCAGUAAUCCGUAUCACUGAAAACCCUAUUUCAGAAGCUGUUGCGUGUUAG